CUUUAGGGGCGUUGGUGUAAUUAACAUAUCACAAAACCAAUCACCUCUCUCUCUCUCUCUCUCUCUCUCUCUCUCAUCUGAAUCCCCCGAACCCUCCGUCUUCUCAACUAUAGAGACACACGGACAUAGUCUGUAUCUCAGCUCCGAUUCGACUCAUUCCUCUCCAAUCUCUGCUUUCAGGUCAUUCUGUCAUUGUGCAUGAGGAUGUCUUCACUGACUGCGAGUACUGUCCCUACCCCGGCAACAAUACCGUCAGGUGAAUUUUGGAGCAAAUCAACCGGGAGGCUAAACAGAAGAAUCCCAUCUAAAAGUUAUACAGUUUUUGGUUUAUUUAGGAUCAGAUUUUGGAGGAAGAUGAGGGGGACUGAAGUGAGAUCAGAGAGUCAGUGCAGGAGGCAGACCAAGCUCAGUUGUUCUUUUCCAUUAGGGCUUAUGCCACUUGGCCUGCAAUUGAAGCCCUUAGAUAGAAGGCACAUUAUACAUGCUGUUCAAAUGAGGUCUGCUUCUAUAAUAUGUGCUGCUGCUCUGAAUGCGACAUGUGCUGCAGAGCAAACUCAAACUGUUACACGGCAAUCAUCAACCAUUACCGUUGCUCCCAUUCAAGGUAAGGAAAAGUCACCAGAACUUGACGAUGGAGGGACUGGAUUUCCACCCCGUGAUGAUGGUGACGGAGGUGGUGGUGGAGGGGGCGGUGGAGGGGGCUGGACUGGCGGAUUCUUCUUUUUUGGAUUUCUCGCCUUUCUAGGCUUCUUGAAGGAUCAAGAAAGCGAGGGGCCGUACCAGGACAGUAGGAGGAGAAGACAACGAAAUUAUUAGUUAAUAAAAAUUUUUGAAGAAUUUUCCACAAGUUGCACGCGAAAAUUUCAUUGUGCUGUAUUCUCUUGUGAUUGAUGAGAACAAUAAUUAGUAGUAUGUAAUACACACUGAGGCUGCUAUUUGCAUGUCUUAUUCCCCAAAUUUAUACGAUGUGCUUGUGCUAGUGAAUACUUUGAAAUGGGUAGGCAGUUCUAUGUAAUGUUCCUUUGAUUUUGUGAAGUAGUUGUGACUAGCCGUGUAUAAUUUAGGGGCAAGGAAAGAUCAACAUUCUGUCUUGAUUUUUGUACUUCAUAAUAUUGACCAUUGAAUACUGCAAA